UAAUUUGAUUUUGCAUUUACUCGAUAUAAAUUAAUAAGCAGUUGGCAAUUUAUAUGAAUAAAAUAUACUCAAAAGUAGUUUCCUUUAAUAGCACAACUUAGUGGUGAACAAACUAAGCGUGACAUUGCAGAUUCCAUGCAAAUUGGGGACCUUAGUACAGCCUACAUAAGUUAAAAGACUAUAGCUGGCCUUCCAACUGAGCGUAUUUAAAAUUCAAAAAACGUACAAGAGUAAGGCAUUAAAGAAGAUGACUGACACUUCAUGUGGAGUGGGUCAGCAGGGCAGUUAAUGUCUUUCUCUAUGUAGUUUGCUAUUCAAAAUCAAUUUAAUACAAUAGAGCCCACCAGAUCUGUACAAAAUGAGUUUACCAAACAUUCUAUUUUUCAAUCUACCUUGAUUUUGCCGUUUGUCAACGUGAAAUAAAUUUCUAUUUCCACACUGAAAAUGAUAGAAAAUGAUAGGUAGUGUAAUUGUAGAGAGAGAGAGAGUCUAAAAGCUGUGUAUGGCAUAGGCAGCUACCUUUCAAUUAACUAAACUAGUUGUUGUGGUUAUAAGUUAUGAGUAAGGUAGCCCAACUGCUCCCACAAUCUCUGCCUUCCCUUCAAAACAUUUCACUUAGUUCAUGCUCUCUGUAUGAAGGGUAGGUAGCUGAAGCUCCAAUCUUAUGAGAAUGGCAGCUAAUAUCUUUAGCAUUGUUUCUUCUACUUGAUUAAACUAACCCAUCUGCUAAUUUGUAUAAAUUCCGAGUAAUCAAGUACACAACAUGGGUAGAUCUGUGCAUUUAUGAGCUACCCCAAAUUCGGUGUUAGAUCUCUUAUAAGUUUUAAAUGUCACCAGAGGAAGUAAGCCUUCAAGAAGAAAUUUACAGUGCUCAAAUUCAAUUCCAUCUCUCUUUUCUUCUCAUCUACUGUCAUUAGAGUAGGAAGAUCUUUGAACGAGCAAAGAUGGGGAGAAAACCAUGCUGCUCUAAAGAAGAGGUCAAUAGAGGGGCCUGGACUGCACAGGAAGACAAGAUAUUGACUAACUAUAUUCGUACUCAUGGUGAAACGGGAUGGAGAUCUCUUCCCAAACAAGCAGGUCUGAAUCGUUGUGGGAAGAGUUGCAGAUUAAGAUGGCUGAAUUAUCUUCGGCCUGGCAUUAAGCGCGGCAACAUUUCUCCUGAUGAGGAGGAACUCAUUAUUAAAAUGCAUCGCCUCCUUGGAAAUCGAUGGUCACUAAUCGCCGGUCGGCUGCCUGGAAGAACGGAUAAUGAGAUAAAGAACUACUGGAAUAUUCAUUUGAGCAAGAGGCUUGCAAUGAGUAGCAGUAGUAGCUUUAAGUCUGAAUCUCAAGCUGUAAUGCCAAAGUCUAGUAGCAUUGCAUGCAUGAAAGAAAACAGCCCUUGUUCACUGAAUUCCAGUGAAGAUGAUGGGCAAAAACUUUGUGAAGCCAGAUCGGCUCCUGAUAAUCUGUUGAACUUUAGAGAUUCAACAGCAAUUAGUGAGCAAGAAGUUGAUGUUUCCAAAUCAUGGAGUCAAUAUUUGAAUGAUUCGGUCGUGGGUGAUGUUGCAGAAGAUGACAGAAUGUUGGAGGCAUGUUCUUCACAAGUUCAGCUUGGGCCUGUGAAUGAUAAUGGGUAUUGUUCAACUUCUGAAAUGGCAGACCCUGAGCUUUUAAUGGUAGAGAGGGAUUCAAAAUAUGAGAGCACAUCAUCAUCACAAUUGAAUAUGUCAUAUCCUCUAGAUGGAAAUCCUCUUUCCUUCAGUUGUGUUGAAGACUUGUUUGUAGAGAGUUUGCUCCAACCAAGAGCUUUUGGUUUAGAAGAUAUGUGCCCUGUUCCAAGCAACCAGAAUCAUGGUGUUGAUCAUUCCAACUGCUUGGCCAUCACCACUGAACAAAGAAUGGCACAUAUAUUUGACAGUGCUCUGGAUCACCCAAAUUGCCAACAACACCAACAAUGUCUUCUCCAGUCCAGCCAGAUGGAUUUAGAUGAAAUUGGCCUGCUUUUUAACUAUGAAGAAAAGUGGGAGGAGAAAGUAGACUUGACUUCCUCUAGUGUUCAUGAAGAAGAUUGUAGAGACAUUGAUGCAGAUAACUCUAGCUAAUCGUUCUUGACUUGUA